UCGCAAGGCAUCCCCGGUGAUGCCACAUAAAGUUGCCAUUAUUAGAACUUCAGUGGGCGGCAAGCGUUGGGGCUUUUUCAAGCCACGAGUUCGUGCUUUACUUUUGCUCACAAUUGGCCGGUUCACUCGCGUGCUAGCGUGCGUUUCAGUGAGUUUAGUGCUGUGUUUCUUCGUUCUCGCGUGGCAAACACGCUCUAAACCUCUUCGCGUUGUGCCCGCUUUAAACAAACCGUUUCGAAUUCGUGACAUUUUGCGAUAUCGACGUGGAAAUUGUUCAACAAUGUGGGAACGAAUGCAAAUUUGAACACCAGUUGUGCGAGAUUCUCAAAUUUUUAAAUUCCUAACUUCCAGAAUUUCACAACUGCAAAGUUUCAAAUUUAGAAAUUUUAAAAGUUUUCAAAUUCCCAAAUUUCAGAUAUAUCGCGCGAACACGUGCGUUUGAAAUUCGCGUUCAUUGACACGUACAGAGGCGUGCGAAAUGUCGCGACAACGCUUAUCGCUCGUUCCAUUUUUCGCGAUUAACUUGCUGCUCCAUCGUUAACAAGUUUACCGUCACAGUAAAAACGUUACCAUAACUGUUACUUCAUUUUCACAACUUAACAUCCAACACCCCGAUAAUUAUCAUACUCAGAGAAACAUGUAACCGCGAGGGAUAGAGAUCGUAUGGUACCCUCAAAGCUACCAUGGUAAAGUUCCUUCUAACGAAAUGAACCGACGAAAUUGAAUCGGUCGAAUAUAGAAUUGUGACGGUAGCGGUAAUUACAUUCGAAGGCAAACGAGUAUGUUCGUCGAGUUUCGAACAUCAGUUCAGAAAAUCCCGUUGAAAUUUCAUUAAAACCGACCAGCGAUGACGCAAUCGAAACUUCCGAGUUUUCUCUUGACCAUGUGGUUGCUCGGCACGAUCGCGACUAAAUCGAGAAUGAGUGAUUUUCUGCAAAGUUUGCAAGAAUACGAGAUCGUCUAUCCGAGGAUAAUCCCUAAUGGAAAGUUGAGGAACAGAAGAUCCACCGCGGACCACGUAGAGGAGCCUGUCUUUCUCGAGAUUAACAACUGGACAUUGAGGACCAUUUCUAGCGACCGACUGAUACUUUCGUCCAAUUUCACGGUGGAUUGGGUCCACUCGAAUAAAAUGGAUCCAACGAGCCAAGCUGUCCAAGGGAACUGUAAUCUUCGACAAGGUAACCUGGAAGGCGAUAAGAGUUCGUUAGCAGUGGUGACACUUUGCGAGCAGGAUGUGUAUGCUCUGAUGAUGAUCGAUAGAAAAUCGUUUUUCGUCCAACCUUUAAACAACGGACAACAUGUUAUGUACCGAUCGGAACAGACUGGAUGGUGGUCCUCUAAGGAUGAUCCUAAUAUCGUUUCCUUGAGACGAGGAGAAAGAUCCGAAGUUAAGGAGAGAAAGAGACGGCACUCUGCGGAUCGUUACAACCAAGAGUUUUAUAAUUUAUCUGGAGAUGUGUUCGAUAAUGAAUAUCCGGAGGCUGAAAGAUUGAUACUCUAUGAUGAGAACGAUAAUGUAUCGUCAGAGUAUAAUGAUACGAUAAUGGAACAGUUGACUGUUGAUGCAGAUGCUGAAGAGAUUGAUUACUUUUCCGGGUCAACGUGGCACAGAAGCACGUCGAAGAAAAAAACUGUUAACAAAUCAUUACCACCACGGUGGCUAGAACUUGGAAUAGCUGCUGAUUACUCAGUCACUGAUUUUCAUGGGGUUCGAGUGCAACAAUAUAUCAUGGCACUUUUAAACAUUGUCAGUGCAAUCUAUACGGAUCCAUCUCUCGAGUCUAACAUGAUUCUAGUGAUUGUACGAAUGAUUUUGUAUACCGAGAAAAGAGACGGUAGGGUUUGCCGCGGUGAUGCCAGAAGGUCUCUCGAAAACGUGAACAGGUGGAACAAAAAAAUGUUGUCUUCUACAGACAUACGUCACGACGUCGCAGUAUGGUUAACGCGUCUAGAUAUCGGAGGUCCUUCCGGAUAUGCGCCUGUAUCAGGAGUAUGCGAUCCUGCCAGAUCCUGUGCCUUAAAUCGGGACGAGGGUUUGACCAGCGCCUUUAUUAUUGCACACGAAAUUGCACAUAUCCUAGGUUUGACGCAUGACGGGGAUGAGUCUAACGGAAAUGCUUGCAAAGAAGAAAGCUCUCAAGGAAGCGUGAUGGCACCUAUGGUUGCUGCGACGUUUCAUCACUUCUACUGGUCGACCUGUUCGAAGAACGAGUUCCAUCGAAGGGUGAGACGCAGAUCUUGCUUGUCGAAUAAACCGAAAUACGAAGGCUCUAAGCAGUUGAAAGCUGCGUUUCGUGAAACUGGAACUUUCUCGAUGGACGAACAGUGUCGUAUUGAAUUCGGAGAAGGCUACGAAUACUGCAAAACUUUCGACGUUACGGAGCCGUGUUCCCGUCUAUGGUGUGGCAAUAGUAAUAUUUCUGAAACUUGCAAAACCAAGAAAGGACCGCCAUUAGAAGGAACGGUGUGCGGAGUGUCGAAGUGGUGCAUAAACGGACGAUGUCAGUCGAAUAGAAGAAACUUGGACUUAGGAAUAGUUUUAAAUAAACCUAGAGACGGAGGUUGGAGCGCAUGGAGCGACUGGGGAAAAUGUUCAAGGACAUGCGGAAUAGGUGUGCAAUGUCGAACACGAAAAUGUAACAAACCGCUCCCGAUCCACGGCGGGAAGUAUUGUUCAGGACCCACUGACGAUUGCAAACUAUGCGACUUACCGAAAUGCUUGAUACCAGUUGACCUCAGAGCUCAACAAUGUUCCAAACUCACCGACACUCUACUUCUUGAAGGAAUUUUAUCAAAAUACAACGUCACUUGGCUACCCUAUGAAUCCGAGCAAGAGAAUUUCAAAUGCCGGUUGAUUUGUAGAAGCAGAGAAACCGGGGAGAUAUUUGACACUAGAAGAAAUCUAAUUGAUGGUACACCAUGCUCUUACGGGUCGACUGAUAUAUGCAUUCAGGGCGAGUGCCAUCAGAUGGGAUGUGACAACGUCUUAGGAUCCAAGAAAGUCUUCGACGUAUGCGGAGUGUGCGACGGGGACCAUUCGAACUGCGAGAGUGUAAUGAGCAAGUUUCAGAGGAAACUUCGACGAGAAGUGACACGCCUCGCUAUAAUACCACGUGAGGCUUAUAAUCUGUCCUUGAACGUGACGAUACUACCUUCUUCGUUUUUCAAUCCAAAUAACUUAACAAUUAUAAUAGGAGAUGGACGAAGAAGGCGGAACAUUCAGAAACACUUGACGUUCCGGAAGAAAGAUUUAAUAAUAGCACAGGGUGCUGCUUUUCGAAUUCAGAGGCGCGACGAUAAUACGUAUUCUGUACGGGUUGAUGGCACUACUUUUGAAGAUGUGGUGAUUUUGCUUGUAACACCGCAAAGCGUAACAGAGCAAGCAGCCUCGGUCACAGCCUCUUUGGAAUAUUUUAUAAACCGUGAUAAACGGAAUUCGAAAAACAGAUAUAAAUGGUUGUUUGGAGGCUGGAGCUUCUGUUCGACGAGUUGUGGCAAUGGAACGCGUCACAAGAUCAUAGUUUGCAAGGAUGAGCAAACUGGGAAAAUAGUAUCGCGAAGAAAGUGCCCGUUAAUGACUAAACCGAGUCAAGAAAUAGAAAAAUGCAACGGUUUCAGCUGUACCUUUAAAUGGCUACCAGGUCCAUGGGAGGGGUGUUCAACCACGUGUGGAAGCUAUGGCAUGCAAUUGCGUCAACUUUAUUGCGUUCAUUCGGACUUUAGCGGGACCGAAGUUAAUAAAGAUAAUGAAUUAGAAGUUUACAGAACGAUGGUGCAACCAUCGGUAUGCCAAACCACGUCCAUGCCCACGAAUACUAGAGAAUGCAAUAGAAUUCCGUGCCCAGGACGUUGGGUUUUUACAGAAUGGUCUUCGUGUUCGAAUAACAAUGGAAAAGGCAUAAAGUCCCGAAUAGCUCGAUGCAUUCCUCCGGAGAACGAAUCGUUUUACACCUGCGAUGGACCAACUAUUAAAACAGAAAUUCGUUCCUGUACAAAUCAUAUAACUAGAGCCAUCGAAUUUCCAUAUCGUUGCUGGUCAGAAGAGAGUCGAUUCUGUUCUAUACCAAGCUUGAAACGGUAUUGUAAUGUUCCGGCAUUCAGAAGAAGAUGCUGUCGUACUUGCGACUAAUUCGAUAGAAUUUCUAUAAACUUCAGUACUAAUUACAAUUAUUACAAAUGUUA